GCGGCGCGGGGCGGCGCGCGGCUCUCGGCGGGCUGGGCCGUGCGGGGCCGGGGUGUGCGGGGCCGUGCGGCGGGGCUGCCCCCGGUGCAGCCUCCCGGGGUGCCCGGCAUGGGGCUGCUGACUGACCUGGCCCGCGGGCUGGUGCGCGGCGCCGACCGCAUGUCCCCGUUCACCAGCAAGCGCGGCCCCCGCAGCCACAACAAGGGCCGAGGCGCCAAGAAGCUGGGCGUGCUGACCUCCAGCAGGAAGUUCAUCCUCGUCAAGGAGAUGGUGCCCGAGUUCGUCGUCCCCAACCUGGAGGGCUUCAAGCUCAAGCCCUACGUCUCGUACCGCGCCCCCGAGGGCUCGGAGCCCCCCGUGACGGCCCAGCAGCUCUUCACGCAGCUGGUGGCCCCCCGCAUCGAGAAGGACGUGAAGGACGGCACGUUUGACCCCGGCAACCUGGAGAAGUACGGCUUCGAGCCCACGCAGGAGGGCAAGCUCUUCCAGCUCUUCCCCAAGAACUACGUGCGGUAGGAGGCGGCGGGAGCAGCGCCCGCGCGGGGGACACGGCCUGCAGCAGCAGCCUCGGGACGGCUCCUGGCACGGCUAUUAAAACCAAAUCCUCCCGUUU